UCUUGUUUGCCCUCCUUCUGCUGUGGGUGUGGCGCUCCUCCAUCUGGUCUGCGUGACUCCUUGUAGGAUGUCAGGGUGUCGUAAGAGACGGGCUCAGCUGGAGACACCAUCUGUCUGAGCUCCGGUCUGCAGGACGGCGUCCAGGAGGUAAACAACCACACCAGGUAGGGAGCAGCACCAAGGAGGAAACCAGCCAGGGAUCAGCGGCUGAAACCAGGACUCUGAUGGGAUUUUAACGGCAUGUGGCAGAGCUGAGUCACUCCAGCCAGCAGCGCCAUGGAAAAAGAGUUGGGAAAUUUUCCAUUCCGUCUGUGGAUUUCAGCGGCUCAUUUGGAUCACUGAGAGCUGCUUCCACUUGUCGGAGGAACUUGUGGAAAGGAUUCAUUGGUUUACUUUCGCCAAACUGGAGGAUAAGGCUGAAACAGUAAAGUGAAGUUUCCUUGCUAAUAAUCCUUUAAAGUUGCAUGCUGGAAACAAUGAAAUAAUUUAACAAAUGACUAAUAAUCCUCUCUGAAAUCUCAGAUUGAAUCAAAUGGAAAAGCCAAGAACUUUAAGUAGCCCAAUGGAGGCAGAAAAUGCAGAUUUACUGACAAAUGAUAACAGCAAAAUGAAGUUUGAAGACGCUUCUGACCCGUUCAAUGAUUCUGAAUGCUAUUUCACAAAAUCUUUGCAAAGUGAUGUGUCUUUUACAGAAAAAGAAACAAGGAAACAGUACAUCCUAGAGGAACAGAAAACUUGGAUUGAAAGCACUAAAAUUGCUUCCAAUACGGAGAGUUGGAUGCCAAAUAACGAUCAGAUUAACUUUGCAGUUGAAGACAAAGUUAAUAACUGCAAAGAAGUUGAUCUGUCACUGGACAAAUUUGGAAUAAAUGAAGCCAUUUCCCCAAAAUGUCCCCAAAACAAUAAGCGUGACGUAAAGGAGACUGAAAAUAAUGGUGCACAUUUUCAGGAAGACUGUUUCCCACUUGUGCAUUCUGCAGUGGAAACCAAACAUCCUAUGAUAAUUGUAAAACCUUUGAUUUUUGCUGUUGAAGAACAGGAACCAGAGUUGGAGGAUGCUGAAGGUAAAGAGAAGAGGAAACAUUCUGAAUAUGAAGAACAAGACGCCUUUGCACGUCUCCUUUCCAGCCCAAAUGAUGUUCCACUUCAUAUUAAUAAACAAACUGUUAAUCCUCCGAUUGGGUCAACUCUGACUAGAGCUACUUUCUCUCCAGGAUGCCCAACAGACAAAAAGGUCGCGCUCCCGGCUCUGUUCAGUGGCCUGCGGGUCUUGAGGAAGGGAAUCGGUGGGCCUGAGAACGGCACAACCACUCAAACCAAACAGAGUCCUCCGUUUGCAAAAAAUCCAGUUUUCACAGAAAAACAGAGCGACACAAAGACCCAGAACGGAUUUCUGGACAUCAGGAUCCAGUUGGAUGGAAAUGAUGAAUGUCCAGAGAGUAAGAGGAGAGAACCUCAAGCAGAAGAAGAUACAAAACCAGUCGAGCCGACCAGACCUCUGUCGAGCGCGGAAGCUGCUUUCGAUGCUUUCAAGGCCUUUUUCACACCAAAACCUCUGAAGAAAGACUCGACAGAGAGGAUCGACCUGGAGGCAGUGAGGAAGAAGUUGAGAAACGAUAAAGAUGUGCUAAGAACAAUUUUUGAGAGAACCUCCAAAACAACACUAGAGAAGAACAAUGCAUGUGAUGAAAAAUCAGAGACACCCACAGCAGGAGAAGGAGAGGAAAAAACUCCUGGUCGUCUGCAAGCCGUGUGGCCACCUCUCAAGGAAGAAAAGGUUGGCCUGAAGUAUACAGAAGCAGAGCACCAGGCUGCUCUCCUGCAGCUGAAGAGAGAAUGCAAACAGGAUCAGGAGAAGCUACAGGAGGAUUAUGAGCGUCAGCUCUGCAAACUGAGGGACGAAAACAGAGACAAUGUUGCUCGCCUGGAGUUGAUGCUUGAGGAACUACAAGUCUCACAGGUUUGGAGCCAACAUCCCGAUGGGCUCAAAGAUGCUGCCGUUUCCACAGCCGACGGCUUGUUAGACAAAUCCUUCCGCAAUGUUAGCAUCCAGACUGACCGAGAAAACUUCAUCAUAAGUCCUGAAGAUGGUGACAUCAUCACGACAACCUGCUCGAAUCUUCAGCAGUCAAUGGGAGCCUCCAAAAAUCCAGACAUGGUUUCCACAGAAGUUUUGUCUUCUUCUUCUGCGGUUUCAACGUUACCUCAGAGUCAUCCUCCUAAUUCUCAGAAACAACAUAGUUUGUCUCCUCCUCCACCGCCUCCACUACCACCACCAGGUGUCGCUCACCCACCACCUCCUCCACCACCACCAGGUGUCGCUCACCCACCACCUCCUCCACCACCGCCAGGUGUCGCUCACCCACCACCUCCUCCACCACCACCAGGUGUCGCUCACCCACCACCUCCUCCACCAGCAGGGGGAGUCAUUGCCGAAAAACCUCCACGGAAGCGGGCAGUGGAACCUUCCCGAGCCAUGAAGCCGCUUUACUGGACCAGAAUCCAGAUCCAAGAUGACAAUAACCACUCGCUGUGGAACAUGUUAGAGGAACCACACAUAAACGGCAAUGAGUUUGAGGAUCUCUUUGCUAAAACAAUGACGAUGGAGAAAAGGAAGCCGCUGUCUCAGGCCUAUGAGAAGAAAGCAAAAGCCAAAAAGAUCAUUAAGCUGCUGGACAGCAAACGCUCUCAAGCUGUGGGCAUCCUCAUAUCCAGCCUCCAUUUGGAGAUGAAAGAUAUUCAGCAAGCUGUUCUGACUGUGGAUCAUUCUGUGGUGGACCUGGAUGCCAUUGAAGCCCUUUAUGAAAAUAGAGGUCAACCGGAGGAGUUGGAGAAGAUCAGGAAGCACCGCGAAUCGUCUGAGGAAGAUGAUGUCAAACUGCUGGACAAACCUGAGCAGUUCCUGUAUGAACUGUCUCAGAUUCCAGACUUUCCUGGGAGAGCUUGCUGCAUGAUCUUCCAGUCGACCUUCACCGAUGGGAUUUCCUCAGUUAAACGCAAGCUGAGCUCCGUCUCAUGUGUCUGCAAGGUUCUGCUGGAGAGCAGCGGUGUCAAGGAAGUGAUGGGACUGGUGCUGGCGCUGGGAAACCACAUGAACGGAGGCAGCAAGAUCAGAGGCCAGGCCGACGGAUUUGGUCUGGAAAUCCUCCCGAAACUGAAAGAUGUCAAAAGCAGGGAUAACCGGAUCAGCCUGGUGGACUACGUAGUAUCGUACUACCUGCACAACGUGGACAAGAACGCUGGAACAGAAAAGUCCAUGUUUCCUCUCCCUGAGCCUCAGGACGUCUUCAUGGCAGCUCAGGUCAAAUUUGACGACCUUUACCGAGAUCUGAGGCAGCUUGAACAAGACUUGACAAGAUGCGAGAAAAAUGUUCAUAGAGUCUGUUCAGAGUCUUCUGAAGAACACCUGCAGCCCUUUAAGGACAAGAUGGAAGUUUUUGUUUUAACUGCUCAAAAGGAGCAUGCAGAAGCUUCCUAUCAGCUGAUGACUGUGCAAAAAACCUUCCAGGAUGUUGCUCUGUACUUCGGACUCAAACCCAAACCCGGAGAGAAGGAGGUGACGACGGGUCACCUCUUCAUGCUGUGGUUUGAGUUCAGCGCCGACUUCAAGGCCCGAUGGAAGAGGGAGAACAAAAACAUCUCAAAAGAAAGAUUAAAAGAGGCUCAGAUGACAGUGAAGAGGAUCACUGGAGAGAAGAAAGUAGAAACAAGGAAGACAAACCCCAACAGUCUGAAGGAACGACUGCGCCAGAAAGAAGCUCAAGUUGCUUCUCCUUAAAAAUUGUAACUUUUGGCUCCUGAUAUUUAAAUAUCCCCAGAAAUCUGGAGCGGACUCAAAGAGGACCAGGACAGAAAAUCUACAUUUUCAUCAGCC